AUGGCACCAGCUCGGACAGAUGACUUGGGCUCAAGGAAGCCCCGAGUCGUGGCACUCGGCACUCCGAAAUAUGUCGGCGACGACUACCUCGCCGACUUCAAGACCGAGUUCGACUAUUCCGUUCUCGAAGCAACAGACCGCAAGGAAACGAUAGCCAUGCUGCCAGAGGAGAUCGAGAAGAACGGCCCCAUCGAUGCCUUCAUCAUCCGCAUGGGCACACCGCCGUACGAGCCGUUCGACAAGGGUCUCUUGAGCGCUCUAGCACCCAACUGCAAAAUCAUCACGUCCGCUAGUGCCGGGUACAACGAGUUCGACGUGGAGUGGAUGGCCUCGGAGGGCAUCUGGUUCUGCAAUACAGUCGACGCCGUGGCCGAGGCAACGGCGGAUAUGGCUCUGUUUUUGACGCUGGCUGUUCUGCGCAAUACGAGCAAUGCAGAGAAGAGCGCCAAGGCCGGCACUUGGAGAGCGGUCCCAGGGCUUGUUCCUGGGAGAGAUCCGUCCGGCUUGACUAUGGGUAUUGUCGGGAUGGGGGCUAUUGGCAAAUACCUCGCAAAGAAAGCAGCCGUCUUCAACCUCAAGAUCAGAUACCACAACCGCCACCAGCUUCCCGCGGAAGAUGAAGCAAAGUACAACGCGAUAUACUCCCCAACACUGGAGGACCUUCUCGGCAAGUCCGAUAUCGUGUCACUCAACUGCCCGCUCAACGACCAGACGACUGGUCUGAUCGGACCCGCAGAGUUUGCCGCAAUGAAGGACGGCGUAUUCAUCGUCAAUACUGCUCGCGGGCCCGUCAUCAACGAGGCGGCGCUCAAGGACGCUUUGGACUCUGGCAAGGUGGCGCGCGCUGGCCUCGAUGUUUUCUGCGACGAGCCCAAGCCAGACAUGGCCUUGGUUCAACACGAUAACGUGAUUGCGCAACCUCAUCUUGGUGGCCUCACAGACAUGGCUUUUCAGAAGGCUGAGAGGGAGUGUUUUGAGAAUAUUCGGGCUUUAUUCAAGAGUGGGAAGCCUAAUUCUCCUGUUAUCGAUAUCCAUGAUAGAAAGGCAAAGGCUUUGGCGAAGUGA